AUGACGGCACUCAGACUCCUGGGCCUGCUGGCCGGCCUACUGGCGACCUCCAGGGCCGGCUCGGCACCCCUGGCGGACAUCGUGGGUGGCAGGAAGGCCCGGCUGCAGGAGUUCCCAUUCCUGGCCUCCAUUCAGACCCAAGGGCAGCACUUCUGCGGGGGCGCCCUGAUCCAUCCCAGCUUCAUCCUGACAGCCGCCAGCUGCUUCCAAAGCCGCAACACCGGGAUUGCCACUGUGGUGCUGGGGGCCUACGACCUGAGGCGGCGGGAGAGGUCCCGGCAGAGGUUCUCCAUCAGGAGCAUCAGUGAGAAUGGCUAUGACCCCCAAGAGAACCUGAACGAUGUGCUGCUGCUGCAGCUGGACCGUCAGGCCAACCUCACCAGCAGCGCUGUGGCAGUGGUACCACUGCCCCCACAGAAUGCCACGGUGGAAGCUGGCACCAACUGCCAGGUCGCAGGCUGGGGCACCCGACAGCAUAAAGGGCGUCUCUCCCGAGUCCCAAGGGUCGUGAACGUCACUGUGACCCCGUCGGACCAGUGUCGCCCCAACAAUGUGUGCACCGGCGUCCUUACCCGCCGGGGCGGCAUCUGCCAGGGGGACGGGGGCACCCCCCUCAUCUGCAACGGCCUGGCGCACGGCGUGGCCUCCUGGUCCCGGGGGCCCUGCGGCAGGGGCCCCGACUUCUUCGCUCGCGUGGCACUCUUCAGAGACUGGAUUGACUCGGUUAUAAACCAGCCAGUUGCCACCAAGGACACGGCACGAGGGACAGGAGAGGCUGAGGGGCUGCCCCAGAGCCCAGGAGACUCGGGGAGGCGGGGGGGUGGGUGGAUCCUGGACCAGAGACUGGCUGAUUGUGAAAUCCAGGCGGCCUGUGAGGGGGCAAACUUUGUGCAAGACGUGGCCCCAGGGAAGCUGGGGCAGCACAUCCGGGAAUUCUGCGGACUGCUGUAA